AUGGCCACCGAACAGGAACGACUCGACAACCCUGACGUCCCCAAGGGCAAGAAGAGCUUCGUCCCUCUCGAAAACAACCCGGAGGUGAUGAGUGCGCUCGUGCACAAGCUCGGCCUGUCCACGAAGCUAGCUUUCCACGAUGUCUUCAGCAUCGACGAGCCAGAGCUGCUUGCUUUCGUUCCCCGCCCGGCGCACGCGCUGCUACUCAUCUUCCCGGUCAGCCAGACGUACGAGAAAUUCCGCCGGGAGGAAGACUCUAGCAAGCCCGAGUAUGAGGGUUCUGGGGACGGCGAGCCCGUUGUGUGGUAUAAGCAGACGAUCGGCAAUGCGUGCGGCUUGAUCGGGCUGCUUCACGGCGUGUCCAACGGCAAAGCCCGCUCGCAAAUCGAGCCAGGAAGCGACCUUGCGAAGCUUCUCGCCAGCGCCAUUCCCCUCAAGCCCGCUUCCCGCGCGGACCUCCUCUACGAAUCGCAAGCCCUCGAGAGUGCGCACCAGUCGGCCGCCUCGGGGGGUGACACGGCUGCCCCCGAGGCGGACGCCGCCGUCGACUUGCACUAUGUCUGUUUCGUCAAGUCGGAGGACAAUCGGCUGUGGGAGAUGGAUGGAAGGCGCAAGGGUCCCCUCGACAGAGGCGUGUUAGGCGCUGAUGAGGACGUGCUGUCGGAGAAGGCGCUGAAUCUUGGCGUGCGGAGCUUCCUGAAGCGCGAACAAGAGGCAGGAGGUGGCGAUCUGAGAUUCAGCUUGAUCGCCUUGGCUCCCAGCUUUGACUGA